UUAAAAAAUAGCCGGAACCCAAAAUUUGUUCAAAUGCACUUUAAUAGAUAGCGCCAUUCUGUAUAUAUACUCGCGCUGUCUGAGCUUUCUGAAUCACAGACGCUUGGGCUACUGCUUACCCUACGAUCAACCCUUCUUGAAAAAUCAGAUACAGUUGAUUAAGCUAUGGCUCCGAUUGCUGCUGGGGAUACUCUGCCGGAGGGAACUCUUGCUUAUUUCGAUGAUCAAGAUCAACUCCAGCAGGUGUCCAUCCACUCCCUCGCCGCCGGUAAAAAGGUCGUAAUCGUCGGUGUUCCCGGUGCGUUCACCCCUACUUGUAGCUUGAAGCAUGUACCAGGGUUUAUCGAGAGAGCAGAGGAGCUGAAAUCGAAGGGAGUGGCAGAAAUUCUAUGCAUUAGCGUUAAUGAUCCCUUUGUAAUGAAGGCUUGGGCAAAAACUUAUCCUGAAAACAAGCACGUCAAAUUCCUGGCUGAUGGCUCUGCAACAUAUACACAUGCCCUUGGCCUUGAGCUUGAUCUGAAUGAGAAAGGACUUGGCACACGAUCUAGGAGGUUUGCUCUCUUGGUUGAUGAUCUCAAGGUGAAGGCUGCAAAUCUUGAACAAGGUGGAGAGUUCACCGUUUCCAGUGUUGAUGAAAUCCUGAAGGCACUUUAAGUUCCCCUAGUUAGCUCUCCCCACUCCAGUUACUUUUGUUUCUAAAACUUUUAUUCCCUGAUGUAUUGUUAUCGGUAAUGCUUGCAAGGAGUGAUGUUUCAUUCUGUUAUGAAUCCAAGUUCCCUGUUUGAAAUAGUAUGUAUUGACUUAAAAAGUAAAUAAAGGAGUUUGUUUCUUGUCUUAAAA